GAAGGAAAAAAAAAAAAAAGACAAAACACAAAGUGGAGGAGACCAAGCUGACAAAACAAUGUCCGAAACGGCUUAGAACGGCUUAAAACGCCAGCAAAUUUCGAUCUGACCAAUUGCAGACCCAAACAACUCGUCGAAUCUUUUUUUUUUCCUUCUUCUUUGGCUAAUCAGAAAUAAUAAUACACGGAGAAGAAGAAGAAGAUUUGCGUUUUACGUGCUCUCAACUAUAAUCUGCAAGACCGAGAAAGAUUGAUUUCCCUUCUUCUUCACGUGCAUGUUUGUUUCUUUCUUCUCUCUUUCUCUCGUAUAGUUUCGAUCUAUCUAUCUAUCUCACUUAGGGUUUUCAAUUUUACCCCUUUUUUCUCUGUUCCAAUUCUCUAACCUCUCUUCGUCAAAGCUCUUGCUCAUUACAUUUCCGAGACACCCAUUUGAUCAAUUUCGGUGGAAAUGGAAGUUCUUCUCAGAAGUAUCUCGUCGUUUCUAAAUCUGUCAUCUUCUAAACAUAUUGAUUUAGACCCGUUUGAGAAGUACUAUAAGAGAGUUGAAGAGUUAUUGAGAGUGUUGAAGCCUAUAGCAGAUGUUGUUGUUACCUCUGAUUUUGUUUUUGAUGAGAAACUUGGUAAAGCAUUUGAAGAAUUGACUCAGGAUGUUGAUCAAUCCAUUGAUCUUUUCAGGAGUUGGCAAGCUUUCUCUAGUAAAGUCUAUUUCGUUCUUCAAAUUGAAUCUUUGCUACCAAAGAUGCGGGACACCAUUGUGGAUACUUUUCAGUUUCUCAUGUCUUCUAAGAACCAUCUACCUGAUGAGCUAAGCCCAGCUUCUCUUGAGGUACCUUCUCUUUACAUUUAGAGGAAAUUUGUAUCAAUUUAUAUGCUAUAGAUAUGUGGUCUGUUCAGAACAUUAGCUUUAGGUUGGAAAUUAAAUUGGAUCAGUUACUGAAUUUUGUGGAAGGGGUUGAUCGUAGUGAUGCUGACUGCUUUAUGUUUUGUUGUGUUGUCCACAUUAGCGAUUGAAUCAAAUUGCAGGAGAUACGAAUGGUUAAUUUACAAAUAUUCGUAAUUGCAGCAAUGUCUAGAGAAGAUUAAGCAUCUUAGUUAUGAAGAAAUAUCUUCUGUCAUUGACGGUGCUUUGAGGGAUCAGAGAGAUGGUGUUGGACCUAGCCCUGAGAUCUUGGUGAAAAUUGGAGAGAACACUGGUCUUAGAUCAAACCAGGAGAUUCUGAUUGAAGCUGUUGCUCUAGAGAGGCAGAAAGAGAUGGCUGAGCAGUCUGAGAAUAAUGCAGAAGUCGAGUUCCUUGACCAACUGAUUGUUAUUGUAAACCGCAUGCAUGAACGUCUUCUUCUGAUCAAACAGACUCAGACUUCUAGUGUCGCCAUUCUUGCCGACUUCUUUUGCCCUCUGUCACUUGAAGUAAUGACUGAUCCAGUGAUUGUGUCAUCAGGACAAACAUAUGAAAAGGCGUUUAUCAAGAGAUGGAUUGAUUUGGGUUUAAAAGUGUGUCCCAAGACUCGACAGACCCUGACUCACACUACUCUAAUACCCAAUUACACCGUGAAGGCCUUAAUCGCUAACUGGUGUGAGACAAACGAUGUCAAGCUGCCUGAUCCCAAUAAAUCAACAAGUUUAAAUGAGCUUUCUCCUCUUUUAUCAUGUACAGACUCCAUUCCUAGCACGGGUGCUGAUGUUUCUGCUCGUAAAGUUAGCAACAAGUCACAUGAUUGGGAUGCUUCUUCAAGUGAAACCGGUAAGCCCUCGUUCUCAAGCCGAGCAACUGAAAGAGAAGGUGCUUCUCCUUCACGUCCUGCUUCUGCCUUGGGUGCUUCUUCACCGGGUAUAUCUGGAAAUGGUUACGGUUUGGACGCCAGGAGGGGAUCACUAAAUGAUUUUGAAGAUAGAUCAAACGAUUCUCGAGAACUGAGGACAGAUGCACCUGGUAGGUCAUCUGUAUCUUCAACUACACGAGGCUCAGUAGAAAAUGGACAAACAUCUGAGAACCACCAUCAUAGGUCCCCUUCUGCUACUAGCACUGUUUCCAAUGAGGAGUUUCCAAGGGCAGAUGCGAAUGAGAAUUCAGAAGAAUCAGCUCAUGCUACACCUUACAGCAGUGAUGCUUCAGGAGAAAUUAGAUCAGGGCCUCUUGCUGCAACCACUUCAGCAGCUACUCGCCGAGAUUUGUCUGAUUUUUCCCCAAAAUUCAUGGAUAGACGUACCCGUGGUCAAUUUUGGCGACGUCCAUCAGAGAGACUCGGUUCAAGGAUUGUUUCAGCGCCUUCGAAUGAGACAAGACGUGAUCUUUCUGAGGUCGAAACUCAAGUUAAGAAGUUGGUGGAGGAGUUGAAAAGCAGCUCAUUGGAUACUCAGAGACAAGCAACCGCAGAACUAAGGUUGCUAGCCAAGCACAACAUGGAUAAUCGGAUAGUCAUUGGGAACUCUGGAGCAAUCGUCUUAUUGGUGGAACUACUUUACUCAACUGACUCAGCUACACAGGAAAACGCUGUUACCGCACUUCUCAACUUAUCUAUCAAUGACAACAACAAAAAAGCAAUUGCUGAUGCUGGUGCAAUUGAGCCGCUCAUUCACGUGCUUGAAAAUGGGAGCUCUGAAGCCAAGGAGAAUUCAGCUGCUACUCUCUUCAGCCUCUCUGUAAUAGAAGAAAACAAGAUUAAGAUUGGUCAGUCGGGUGCAAUCGGGCCUCUUGUAGAUCUUCUCGGUAACGGUACCCCUCGGGGUAAGAAAGACGCUGCUACUGCCUUGUUUAAUCUAUCGAUACAUCAAGAAAACAAGGCGAUGAUCGUGCAAUCAGGUGCUGUGAGAUAUCUUAUUGAUCUGAUGGACCCAGCAGCUGGGAUGGUGGAUAAAGCAGUUGCUGUUUUGGCAAAUCUAGCUACAAUUCCGGAAGGAAGAAACGCGAUUGGUCAAGAAGGCGGAAUCCCUCUUCUUGUUGAAGUCGUUGAGUUGGGUUCAGCUAGAGGGAAAGAAAACGCAGCAGCAGCUCUUCUUCAACUUUCAACCAACAGUGGUCGGUUCUGCAACAUGGUUCUUCAAGAAGGCGCCGUUCCUCCACUCGUCGCUCUCUCACAGUCUGGUACUCCUAGAGCUAGAGAAAAGGCACAGGCGUUGCUCAGUUACUUCAGAAACCAACGGCAUGGAAACGCUGGGCGUGGCUGAUGAUGGAUGAUGAUGAUGAUGAUGAUGUUGAUGAUGCACAGAUUCUGGUCUCUCAGUGCCUAUUUUUAUGUUUUGUCUUGUGACCAAAGUAGUGAUUUUGUACAAAAGAGGUCUCUUCUGCAAAUAAUUUUUUCGUACUCAAGAUUUUUUGUUGGUUCUCUGUAUUCUUUAAUUUUCUAUUGAUUCUCAUAAUAAACUUUGAUUUGGAAUAGAAUUUUUUUUUUUUUCUUUCUGAUUUCAUAAGACAGUGUAGCUGUGAAUAUGAAAUGAGUGAAAAUAUUUUACC